AUGGAGGGAGUUAAUGAAAAAAAUCACAUAAUAGACAAGAAUAAAGUAGAGAGUGCGAACAAGUACAUAUAUACAAAAUUCCCGGCUUUUGAUACGCACAAAAAAAUAAAAGAUUAUAACAAAAAGAUAUCGGAGCUUGUUUUGGAGAAUGGGAAAUUAAAAAGAUAUAUGAAAAAUAUAGAGAAGAGAAUAAUAGAAGAAAAUGAUAAUUUUAAUACAAAUUUUAGCAAUUAUGAAAUAGCUAUAUGUAAAGCCCUUCGUCUAGGAUAUUCAUGUAUAUAUUUAUGUUGUGCAUUAAGUAAAGUAAUAAAUAAAAGUAAAAAAUUUGUGUUCACAGAAUUACUUAGACGAAGGGAUAAAUUUAAGAACAAUUUAAUAAGGUCUUAUAUUCACAAAAACUCUUUUGAUAAGUUAUUUAUAAAUAGUUUGUUCAUAAAAAUAGAUAAUAUAUAUGAAAAAAAUAAAAAUUUUUUUACGUCAACUGUGGUUGCACUGAUAAAAAGGAAGAUGAAAUGUAUUUUUAAAAUGUUUAUGAAUAAAAUUUUAGAAUUAACAAAUCAGGAGCAAAUUUUUCCUAAUAAUAAAUUAGUACAAUAUGUAUGUCAUAUGAACUCUAAUCAGUCAAAUGUGAGCACAGUUGAAAAGAGGGAUCUAACAUUAGGUUUAGUAAAAUUAAUGGAUAUUUUAAGAAUUCACGCAUAUGCAAUUCUUAAAUAUAGUUUCACAAAGAUUCAAAAAAAGGAUGCAAACAAUUUAUUUGCAAAAGGAAGAAGUAGUAAAAGUUUUACAUGUACGAGUGAACAGAGUAACAAUUUAGUGAUACUUGAUAGGGACCGAAUUAACGAAGAAUGGAAAAAGGACAGAAUGGAAAAGGAAAAUGCAGUAGAGAAAUUUAAUGGGGGUAAAGCCAAUUACUAUAAGGAAAAUGAUGAAUGUGAUGAAAAUAGUAAAUAUGCUGAAAAAGGAGUGGAAGAAAAAAACAAAGUAGUUAGCCAUGUCAGCAGUAUCUGUAAUAGAGAUACAAGAAGAAUCUUUCCUAAUAACAAUAAUCUUGAAAAAAAGGAAAAAGUAGAAUUUGCACACGGGAAAAAUCAUUUAUUAUUGGAUAAACAAAAUGGGAGAUACAACUUGCAUGAUGCAUAUUUUAACUUCGAGCAAGACAACCCAAGUGUGCGUAGUCACUUACCUCACCCGAAGGAAGUAUACAAUUAUUUGUAUUAUAAAGAAUUAAAAAAAUUAAAAAAAAGUACUCCUGAUAAUUUCUUGAAUAAUGAUGAAAGUACUGAUUUUGAGGACUACUUACAAUGUGUAGAAAAAAAUGGUGAAGUGUGUUAUUUGGACGAUUCUUUAAUGGAAAAAUUUUUUUUUAAGAGGCAGUCUACAAGAAACACAUCAGAUGAAGACACAUUAAAUGGCAAUAUUGAAGAUAAUGGUAUCGAAAGUUACAAAUACAAAGAAAAAAAUAUAAAUAAAAAUAAUUUGAUAUUUGAUUAUACAGAGACGAAGGAAAGCAAAAAGAAUAAUACUGAACUUUUCCUCAAUAGAGUGUCAUCAUUUUCCAACUCGUAUAAAUUAAAUUUUAUAGACAAAAAGAAUUUGCAUGAAGAUAAUUUCAUUAAUCCUCCUUUGUUAUAUGAAAAUAAAAAAAUAGCUCAAAGGGAGAAUCAAUCGAAUGAGGAAAAAUUAAAUGAAGGAAAAAAAAAAAAAAAAAAAAUUAAUUUUUAUGAACAAAUUGAGCUGAAAUCAGAGUGUUCAGAAAAUUUGAUCAACAUUCUGGAUAAUAGCAAAAAAGAGGGGUAUCAAAAAGAUGAAAAUAUCCUGAACAGUUCAUUUAAAAAAAAGAAUAAUAUGAAGUUAAGUGAUGGAUUGAUGAGGGAUAAUAUACACCUUGACAAUAUAAUAUCUUGCAAAGAUAAUUACGAAAAAAGGGUUGAACAAAUAUAUGGAAAAGAAAAUAUGGGUGAUGAUUAUUAUAAUUACAAUUGCGAUUACGAAUAUGAUGUUGAAGAUUAUAAAAGUGAUAAUAGUAUAAAAAGAAAAAUUUCACUUCAUGACUUUGAAGAAAAAUUUAGGAGUAUGAUGUAUCAGUUGAGCACAGAUAAUGAGGAAAAUGAAGAUACUGAAAGUAAGGAAAAAGAAAAUUUGUACAUUGACAGAAUUCAGAAUAUGCAAAGAGGAUUACACAAAAUAAAAGAAAAAAAUUUUUUAUGUCUAGUAGGUGAAGGCCCACCAGAUGUUUUGGAAAUAAAUUCCAAUGGGAAAUAUAGUUUUAUUGAUGUGGAUGAAAAAGAAGUAAAAGGGGUGGAUUCAAAUGGUAAGAAUAAUAGGAUACUUUGCGCUAUCAGGAAGUACUGA